AUGUACACAAGUAAUGAAUCAUCCAGUCCUUAUGUGAUGUCACCAUCACUGCAAAAUCAUACAGAAGACGGUAUCACGCACGAGAAUAGUAUAGCAAAUGGAGGUUCGUCACCAAGUAUUGAGUUCUCACAAUCACGACUGAAUGGACUAUCAACAAUAUCCGGCGUUUUCGCGCCAGUGGCCUUCCAAUGUUCAGUGUUUUACUGUUCAUGA